AUGUCUUCCACCAGCGUACCAAGAGCAUACAAACUUUCCAGCGGAUACGUGCUGCCCAGCCUCGGGCUCGGCACGUACGACAUCCCCAGAGCAGAGACCGCAGAAGUGGUCUAUCAGGCGCUCAAGGCCGGCUACCGGCACCUCGACACCGCGGUGCUGUACGGAAACGAGCGCGAGGUCGGAGAAGGCGUUGAGAAGUGGCUCAAAGAGGACCCCAAGAACCACCGCCGCCACGACGUGUUCUACACGACCAAGCUGUGGAACUCGCAGAACGGGUACUCCAACGCCAAGCGCGCGAUCCAGGAGUGCCUCGACAAGGUGCGUCCCCUCGGAUACAUCGACAUGCUGCUGAUCCACUCGCCGCUCAGCGGCACGCGCCGCCGUCUCGAGACCUACAAAGCCAUGCAGGAGGCCGUCGACGCGGGCAUCGUGCGCUCCAUCGGCGUGUCCAACUACGGCAAGCAUCACAUCGACGAGCUGCUCGCGUGGGAAGAGCUCAAGCACAAGCCCGUGGUCAACCAGAUCGAGAUCUCGCCCUGGGUCAUGCGCCAGGACCUGGCCGACUACUGCAAGUCCAAGGGACUGGUGGUCGAGGCCUUCUCGCCGCUCACGCACGGCUACAAGAUCAAGCACCCCAACGUCGUGCGCGUCGCCGAGGAGGUCGGCCGCAACACGGGCCAGGUGCUGAUCCGCUGGUCGCUGCAGCACGGCUACGUGCCGUUGCCCAAGUCGCGCUCUGUGGAGCGGUUGAAGGGCAAUCUUGAGGUCUACGACUUCGAGCUUAGCCCCGAGCAGAUCACCUUCCUGGACCAGCCCCAGGCCUACGAGCCCACGGACUGGGAGUGCACCAACGAGCCAUGA